GUCCCCCAGCGGCGGCGGCGAGAAGGGCAGCCGCUCGGUCUCCGGCAGCAGCCGCUCGGGCAGAGCCAGAGAAAGACCGAGGCUCGGGGCACGGGGGGGAGGGAGGGAGGGAGGGAGGCGCGGCGGAGCGGCCCGGGCCGGCGGAGCAGCCAUGGGCGCCGGGGUGCCGGGCCCCCCGAGAGCCGAGGCCUCCGGCCGGACUGGGGAACGCCCGGGCUGCCAGCCCCGCUGACACCGCCUCGGACGAUGUGAGCCGGCGACGCCGCGGCUGCUUCGCGGGCAGGGCGCGCGCUCCCACCGGCCCCAGCCACCGCUUUGCUAAUUUGGGUGGGGGCGACCGUACCAGGCCGCUCGGGCUUUCGAAGCGGGGCUGGCUGUCUUCGGCAGCUUGAUUGGGGGAGGCGACCCACACACAGGGCGCUUGGAGAUUUUUUUUUUUCUUUUUUUAAAAAAGCGGGAUUAACUGUUUUUGGCAGCUUGGUUUUGGGGGGACCCUAAAAAAGGCCUCCUGGGGUUUCUUUUAUCGGGGGGAGGGGGCGGUGGUCCCGACUUGGCCAGCCGCCUGUUGAAGGUGGGGAGCGGGGAGCGGGGGGAUGCGAACCCGGCUCCCCCCACUAUGAUGAAGACGGAGCCGCGGGGGCCCGGGGGUCCCCUCCGGAGCGCCUCCCCGCACCGCAGCGCCUACGAGGCGGGCAUCCAGGCACUGAAGCCGCCCGACGCGCCCGGGCCCGACGAGGCACCCAAGGGGGCCCACCACAAGAAAUAUGGCUCCAACGUCCACCGCAUCAAAAGUAUGUUCCUGCAGAUGGGCACGACGGCGGGGCCCUCGGGCGAGGCGGGCGGCGGCGCGGGCCUGGCCGAGGCCCCGCGGGCGUCCGAGCGCGGCGUGCGCCUGUCGCUGCCGCGGGCCAGCAGCCUGAACGAGAACGUGGACCACAGCGCCCUGCUGAAGCUGGGCACCAGCGUGUCGGAGCGCGUGAGCCGCUUCGACUCCAAGCCCGCGCCCUCCGCGCAGCCCGCGCCGCCGCCGCACCCGCCGUCCCGGCUGCAGGAGACGCGGAAGCUGUUCGAACGGAGCGCCCCGGCGGCCGCAGGCGGCGACAAGGAGGCCGCGGCGCGGCGGCUGCUGAGACAGGAGCGCGCCGGCCUGCAGGACCGGAAGCUGGACGUGGUGGUGCGCUUCAACGGCAGCACCGAGGCGCUGGACAAGCUGGACGCCGACGCCGUGUCCCCGACGGUCAGCCAGCUCAGCGCCGUCUUCGAGAAGGCCGACUCGAGGACCGGCCUCCAUCGCGGGCCCGGGCUCCCCAGGGCCCUAGGAGCGCCCCAGGUCAACUCGAAGCUGGUCAGCAAGCGGUCACGGGUGUUCCAGCCGCCGCCGCCGCCCGCCCCGUCGGGGGAUGCCCCAGCCGAGAAGGAGCGCUGUCCCGCAGGGCAGCAGCCCCCGCAGCACCGAGUGGCCCCCGCUCGGCCGCCCCCCAAGCCCCGGGAGGUGCGCAAGAUUAAGCCGGUGGAGGUGGAGGAGAGCGGGGAGUCGGAGGCCGAGUCGGCGCCAGGGGAGGUGAUCCAGGCGGAGGUGACGGUCCACGCGGCCCUGGAGAAUGGCAGCACCGUGGCAACCGCAGCCAGCCCCGCGCCCGAAGAGCCAAAGGCCCAAGCGGCCCCGGAGAAGGAGGCGGCGGCGGUGGUUGCGCCGCCAGAGAGGGGGGUGGGCAAUGGCCGGGCCCCGGACGUGGCCCCCGAGGAGGUAGAUGAAUCCAAGAAGGAGGACUUCUCGGAGGCGGACUUGGUGGACGUGAGCGCCUACAGUGGGCUCGGGGAGGACUCUGGGGGCAGUGCCCUGGAGGAGGACGACGAAGAAGACGAAGAGGAUGGGGAGCCCCCCUACGAGCCCGAGUCGGGGUGCGUGGAGAUCCCGGGGCUCUCGGAGGAGGAGGACCCGGCCCCGAGCCGGAAGAUCCAUUUCAGCACGGCGCCCAUCCAAGUGUUCAGCACCUACUCCAAUGAGGACUACGAUCGUCGCAACGAGGAUGUGGAUCCUAUGGCAGCCUCUGCUGAAUACGAGCUGGAGAAGCGGGUGGAGAGGCUGGAGCUGUUCCCCGUGGAGCUGGAGAAAGACUCCGAAGGCCUGGGCAUCAGCAUCAUCGGCAUGGGGGCCGGGGCGGACAUGGGCCUGGAGAAGCUGGGCAUCUUCGUCAAGACAGUGACGGAGGGCGGUGCGGCUCAUCGGGAUGGCAGGAUCCAGGUGAAUGACCUCCUGGUGGAGGUGGAUGGAACGAGUCUGGUGGGAGUGACCCAGAGCUUUGCGGCAUCCGUGCUCCGGAACACCAAGGGCCGAGUGCGGUUUAUGAUUGGCCGGGAGCGGCCAGGAGAGCAGAGCGAAGUGGCCCAGCUAAUUCAGCAGACUUUGGAGCAGGAGCGAUGGCAGCGGGAGAUGAUGGAGCAGAGAUACGCCCAGUAUGGGGAAGAUGACGAGGAGACAGGAGAGUAUGCCACUGACGAGGAUGAGGAGCUGAGCCCCACGUUCCCAGGUGGCGAGAUGGCCAUUGAGGUGUUUGAGCUAGCGGAGAACGAGGAUGCGCUGUCCCCUGUGGACAUGGAGCCUGAGAAGCUGGUGCACAAAUUCAAGGAGCUCCAGAUCAAGCAUGCGGUCACCGAGGCAGAGAUCCAGCAGCUGAAAAGAAAGCUGCAGAGCCUGGAACAGGAGAAGGGGCGCUGGCGGGUGGAGAAGGCCCAGUUGGAGCAGAGCGUGGAGGAGAACAAGGAGCGCAUGGAGAAACUGGAAGGCUACUGGGGCGAGGCCCAGAGCCUGUGCCAGGCUGUGGACGAGCACCUGCGGGAGACCCAGGCGCAGUACCAGGCCCUGGAGCGCAAGUACAGCAAGGCCAAGCGCCUCAUCAAGGACUACCAGCAGAAGGAGAUUGAGUUCCUGAAAAAGGAGACGGCACAGCGUCGGGUUCUGGAGGAAUCGGAGCUGGCCAGAAAGGAGGAGAUGGACAAGCUCCUGGACAAGAUCUCAGAACUGGAAGGAAACUUGCAAACACUGAGGAAUUCCAAUUCUACUUAACAGGAAUCAUUCCUUGACUGGACAAUAAUUAACCCCCUCCCAUUGUCCUCCCUCCCCUGUCCUCAACACCCCACCCCUCCCCCACCAGCCUGGGGACAGGUGCCCCGACUCCCCCCACCCCUCCACCCCACCUCUCCCAGCUUCAGGGACCAGAGGGCUCAUAUCACAGGCCCCCUUAAGAUGGCCUGGGCAGACAGAGGUGGCUGGAAGGGCGGCUCUUUCUUGCCCCAUGGGGCUGAGGCAUAGAAGCUGAGGGCUGCCGAGGGCUGGCCUGGUGGUAGAAGGACACGAGCACCUGCAGAUCAAACUGCCAGACUUUUCACACUCCAGCUUUUGUCUCUGGACUGGAACGGGGCUGGGGCUCUCCCAGCAGCUCGACAACUGGAGGCUGCUCCCUGCCCAUGGGGCACCUGGGUGGCCCCUGGGCCUCUUGGAGAUUCUACCUUCUCGGCCCUUCCCUCUUCCCCAUCAUUGUGCUGUCUCUGUUGCAUUCUGACCCUCCUGCCUUGGGGAUGGGGGGUUGCCUCAACACCUCCCCCAUCCCCUUUCCCUGUCCUGGGAGGGAUAGAGUCCCCCCCAAGAGCCCGGAGGCUGGGCCUGGCCCUGGCCCUGCACUGAUUUCUCCUGUGUGCUUCGGGAACACAGGAGAAGGGGAGUGAGAGUAGGAAGAAGGGAGAGUUCAGGAUACCUGGUCCCCAGCUCCCCGUUUCCUGGGGCAGCUGCCCUCAAUUUCUCCUUGUGCCUCCCCUCUCCCAGGUGCCAAAUAGCCAUAACCUUCCCCUGGAACUGUUAUCUGGCCUCUAGGGUCCAGGUUUCCUGGUCAAGGCUGGGAAUGCCAGGGAGAAGAGGAGGUCAGCUUAGGGGACCUGGCUACAGAGACCCUGGCCUCAGUCAAGGGGACCAUUUCUUGCUGGAGAGCCAGGGCCGAUCCUGUUCUGCUCUGCCUGCCCAGCCCAGGGCGAUGCCUGGAAGCCUUGUACUGAUAUCGAAGGGAGUCAGCCUCACCCCACCCCCACCCCCCACUGUUUUUCCAAUGUUUUGACUGGAGGGCAAAAUUUUACUACUACUCAUCUUUUUGGAGACCAGGGCUGCCCUGCUGGCAGCCUGCCUUCUAAGUGAAAUCGACUUUGUUUCCCCACUUUAACCCCAAAUUGGGGCUUGGACCAAGGGAGGUGAGGCCCCCCCCAGGUCCCCUCCCCUUUCAGAAUCCAUCUCAUUUUGCCACUUCAUGCCCCUGCCCCAAAUCUGGGUUUUUGUUCAUUUUUUAAAAACAGACCACCCAUCCCAUCCGUUUUGGCUUCUUGUCCCCUGUAAAUAGACCAUGACUUCUAUCAGUAUUUCUUGUCCCCACCCCUUCCUACCCCCAGAUGUGCCCCCAUCCCCUGAAGGAGCUGGCCGUCUCAGUCCUGGGCCCACGCACUUCACCCCGGCAGAUGGAGGGGGCGGAACCGGGUGGGCGGGACUGCUGCUGGCUGCUUGGGCCAGUGGCUACCCCUGCCCAGCCGUCCGGAGGACCGCGUCUCUGUAUAUAAUAUAUAUAUGUAUGUAUUGUUCCCGGUUUUGUACGGACCAUGCCCUCUGUCAGGUCGUCCCUAUAAAAGCAGCCCCCAGAA